AUGAAGAUCCACACUGGUGAAAGGCCGUAUCUGUGCAACACCUGCGGAAAAUCGUUUACUAAAUCAUCAGAUCUUAAACGCCACAUAACCACGCACACGGGCGAGAAGCCCUACAUCUGCAAAACAUGUGGAAAAAGUUACAGGCUACGUUCCACCUUGGUGGUUCACUCGAGGAUCCACACUGGUGAAAAGCCGUACCUGUGCAGCACCUGCGGCAAAACCUUUACUCAAUCAUCACUUCUUAAACACCACAUAACCACACACACGGGCGAGAAGCCCUACAUGUGCAAAACAUGUGGUAAAAGUUACAGGCUACGUUCCCACCUGCUGGUUCACUCGAGGAUCCACACGGGCGAGAAACCGUACCUGUGCAACACCUGCGGAAAAACCUUUACUCAAUUAUCAGCUCUUAAGAGCCACAUAACCACGCACACGGGCGAGAAGCCAUAUUUGUGCAAGACGUGCAACAAAGGUUUUAGCCGCAGAAGUAUAUUGCUGAAUCACAUGAAAAAUCACCCGGAAUCCAGCGGAUCUGGGGUCCUAAUCUUCGUGGGGGGGGUCCGGUGUUGCCCACUGCGAUCGUUGACACCACGUGUUACCUUUCCUGUGGAGUCGGAUGACGUGGGAGGUCCGUUCUGGGUCCUGUCCACCUUGGCUCCGACCACUGUCUCUUGA